CAAUGGGAAGCCAUGAUGGAAGUUUGAGAGUUUAACCGAGGAGAAGUGAAGGAAAAGGACCCGACUUGAGACCGCUCCUACGCGACAUUUAAAUAUCGACUUUUUAAUAUCUUGGUGGAGGCUGUCACCUUUCAUUUCAUGUGUUAGGACCUGGGCAUCGCGGAUUGUUGCAAUGUUCGAUGGCUUUUAUUUUUUUAAGGAUGGGUAGACGAGCUAGCGCGCUAGCCGUUGAAGCUAGCGGCUAGACGGAGCGCGAGCCGAGUGCGAGCGGGGCUUUGACAACCGUUCUUGAAGUGGAAGCGCACGGAGAGGACUCUCUCUCCGCCUUUCCGUUCAAUCACGGCGGCUACGGUGCGACCAGAGACUUGUCGUGCACUAGAAAUUCUGCAGUUCGAGACGUGGGACGUUGCUUAUAUUUUCACCCGGGGCUCGUCUGAGCUGAGGAGGGCAUUUUGGAAGCCGGGCCUGUGGUGGUUUGGAGCGAGGCCCUUGAUGAGAGAGCCACAGCAGACUCCAUUCUAGCUAGCAGGGGGACUGCGAAACGAGCAGAGCAUUAAGUCGACCGAUCGUCCGAAAGCAACAAUACUCUCUCUCACACUAAAAACCUUAAAGACUCCUGUCACAGCCAUGGCUGCGAUCAUAAAGGAAAUUGUCAGUCGAAACAAAUAUAGAUAUCAGGAAGAUGGAUUCGACUUGGACUUGACCUAUAUUUAUCCUAACAUUAUAGCAAUGGGCUUUCCUGCUGAAAGACUUGAGGGUGUCUACAGAAACAACAUAGAUGAUGUAGUGCGAUUCCUGGAUUUGAAGCAUAAAAAUCAUUACAAGAUCUAUAAUCUAUGUGCGGAAAGACAUUAUGAUACUGCCAAAUUUAACUGCAGAGUUGCACAGUAUCCGUUUGAGGAUCACAAUCCUCCUCAGCUAGAACUUAUUAAACCUUUCUGUGAAGAUUUGGACAAGUGGCUCGGUGAAAAUGACAAUCAUGUGGCUGCCAUUCACUGCAAAGCUGGAAAGGGACGUACGGGUGUCAUGAUUUGUGCGUACUUGUUACACCGAGGCAAAUUCAAAAAAGCACAAGAGGCUCUGGACUUCUAUGGUGAAGUUAGAACCAGAGACAAGAAGGGAGUGACUAUUCCCAGUCAGAGGCGAUAUGUGUACUACUAUAGCUACCUUCUGAAGAAUAAGCUGGAGUACAAACCUGUGGCCUUGCUGUUUCACAGGAUGGUGUUUGAGACAGUGCCUAUGUUCAGUGGAGGGACUUGCAGGGAUUCUGCUGUAAAAAGCAAGAGUGAGCAGAUUCCACAUGGGUUCAGAAAAACCAAUUGGCAUUGGGAUCCUCAGUUUGUGGUGUACCAGCUGAAGGUGAAAAUCCACACGUCUAACCCAGCGCACACGAGGCGAGAAGAGAAGUACAUGUACUUUGAGUUUCCGCAGCCGCUGCCUGUGUGUGGAGACAUCAAGGUGGAGUUCUUCCACAAGCAGAACAAGAUGAUGAAAAAGGAUAAGAUGUUUCACUUCUGGGUAAACACCUUCUUCAUCCCUGGACCAGAGGAGAGCUCAGAGAAGGUUGAAAAUGGAGGUUUAGUGAAGGAACUGGAUGGGAUCCAAACCACAGAACGGGGAGAGAAUGACAAGGAUUAUCUAAUCCUGACUUUAACCAAGAACAACUUGGAUAAAGCCAAUAAGGAUAAAGCCAACAGAUACUUCUCUCCAAACUUCAAGGUGAAGCUGUACUUCACAAAAACAGUGGAGGAACCAUCCAACUCGGAGGCCAGCACUUCUACAUCUGUAACCCCGGAUGUUAGCGAUAAUGAACCGGACCAUUACCGGUAUUCGGACACAACAGACUCGGACCCUGAAAAUGAACAGUAUGAUGAAGAACAGAUUACUAAAGUUUGAAAUAUUUUUAUGGGAAGGAAAAAAAAAGAAACCAUACGUAACAGAGUUGUAUAAAGGAGAAAACUUGAAUAUGAACUGAAAGCAAGUACUUUUUUCCACCCCUUUUUUUUUUUUUUUUUCCAUUCUUUUUUUUUCCCCCAAGCAGAAUUAGGACACACGUCACACAAAUGCCACCAGUCGUAGGGACAAAAAUGCUGACCAAUUUUUUUUUUAGUUCUUUCACCCUGCUCCAUGAAGUAUCAACACUGAUGUUCCGUGAAAAACAGCGUCAGUAGCCAUUAUGUAAAUACAUGUUCAUGCCGUAACACGAGAAAGGAAACCCAGUCAGGAUGGGAGAUCGUUUAUGGGAGAAAUUCAGUGGAGAUUGAAAUUCGCUGCUCCAUCAACCUGUUGAAACCUAGGCCAGUGCUUUUAUCAGCAUUCAUGCCCCAUGUCUGUCCUUCUCUAGUCUGUCCAACCUACUGUGAAACGCUUCUCAUGCUGCUGGAAGGCCGCCACGUGUCAGUCGGGCUCUGUUGUGCAGUGGAAACUGCGUCUCUCGCCAUUUUUUCAGUCUGCUUUUAUCAUUAUUACCACUACUAGAAUGGAGGUGGUAAUGAUUCUACUAAACUACAUGACACCUUGGCAGAAAACACAACAUAUAGCUCCACCAUGUAUUAUUAAUAUUAUUAUUUCUUUUUUUUUAAUGCAAAUACACACAACACAACAGGGAAACCAGUGUUGCAAUAAUGUUGAUCGAAGGUGUGCAUGUUAUUGGAAUCAGUUUCCAUGUUGUUAAAUAAAUAGUAUACAAUGUUUUUCUAAAAAAAAAGGUUUCUAAAGUCAUUUACAAUUUGAUUGUAUUUGGGAAGAAGAUAUUGCCAUCACUCUUUCAUCUGCAGAUGGGAUUUUAAUCUAUAAACAGUCAUUCAGUGACACUCAUAAGUUUCCCAUUCAAAAUUGGCACUUGUUUAAAUCAGCUCUCACAGGAUGGUUUUGUUUUCUGUUUCACUUAAAGGGUCAUGGUUUGAGCUCAAGGUAGCGUCAGUCGUAAAACUCUGUGUGUUGUGGGAUGCAGAUCAAUCUUGCUCAAGGUCUCUGUGGCCACGGUUCACUACGGCGAUCGCAGGUCAGAUGGUGUACAGCAUCUCGUGUAAUGCAUGUCAACACGGAGAAGCCCUUUUCUGAAUGUAUCAACCUUGGAUGCAAGUUUUGAUUUGAUUUCAACAGCAUUUACGUCAUUUUUCCUUUCUUCCUGGCUGUGUCAGACAUCAGAUAUUUGGCUCCCUAUAACAUGUUUGUAGCCUUAUCGUGCAUGAUCUAAUGAAAUCUGGAUCAUUUAUCCAGCAAUGGUGCUUGCUAAACUGUAAACUCUCAAUGUAUAGUACAGUCAUUCUGGAGCAAAGAACCUCAUGGUGCAAGCAUUCAAACGCGCUGUGGCGCGUGUCGUAACUGUUAGUUACACUUCGGUGUGCAUAACCAAUUAGUUUCCAACAAUUCCAACGAUGUCCCUCACUAGCUAGAGUUCAUUUUGUUUUUCUUAUUCUUGAACAGGCCUCGUUCCCUUUGGAAUGAGCAUAGUGCAGCUACGGUUUUUACACAGUCUUGUGCUUGCUUCAGAAAUAUUAAAGCCCUAUAUAUGAGAAUAUUUAAAUGUAUAAUUUUCUUUUAAGCAUGCCAAAUCUUUUUUAACAUCUGGCUGAAGUGGCCAGACCAAAAAAGAAAAAAACUAACAAAAAAAAAAAAAAACUUCUCAGUCUCUUGGGCAAGAAUCUUCACUAAGGGUAGUGAGUAAGCUGCCUUUCUCGUACUGUUAACGUUCAGGCUUCACUCUUCUCACCAGCCCACUGCACACACCGUACAUCUCGCCUUCCUUUAGAGAAAGAAUACGUUUCCCUGACAUGAGGAGGAGGAGACUGGGCCUUCCUUUAUGAGAUUGUACACUAACCAAUCCAGGAAUAAAAGCAAGCCUAUCAAGGAUUCGCAUUUUGUUUACAUUUUAUCACAUCACUGAAAACCUGCCAAAAUUAAGCUUAAUCAUUUUUGUUUUAUUAUUAUUUUCUUUGUGUUCAGAGGAGGAGGCGGGGCCCACGGGAGGUAUUCUUUGCCUUACUUGAAGUUGACAAUGCUUACUCUUCUACUGCUUUGAUACCUACCAUUCUGCCCAAGCACUGACUUAUUUAAAGCUACUAUAAUAGAGCAACAUAUUGUACUAGACAUUUGCACUGUUACAGGUCUUUGCAGGGUUUCAGUCAGCGGUCCACAGUAUUUUUUUUUUGUUCUUGUUUUAUUUUUUUUUGUCCGUUUUUUUUCCUGGAAAUGCUUUACAGCAAUCAGACGUAGUAGAAUAGAGAUGAAAUGAAAAGACAUUAAUAUUGUCUCUGUGCAUCCCAAUAGAAUCAAAUGUGUUUUUAUUGACUGAACUUUUUUUUUUAAAGAAAGCAUAAAAUGGAAAAAAAAAAGAAUAAAGCGACUAUUUAUGGAAGUAUUCAUUCACAUUCUGGCAAAGACCCUCUGCAGGUAUUCCCCAUAGUCCCUCUAAACUUACGCUGAUGUGUUUUGGAUGUUUAGCGGCUUAAUGUGUGACUCUACUAAAGAGCAUCACAUUAUGAACUUGAAUUUAAAGGGAUAGUUCACCCAAAUAUUCUGUCAUUUACUCAGGUCUUUCCAAACCUGUAUGAACACAACAAGGUAUUCUGAAGAAUGUUUCACCUGUUUUUGUCCACACAAUGAAAGUCAGGUUUCCCCAUUUGUAGAAUAAAGUCUUGUCAUACAGAUUUGAAACAACACGCCAUAAAAAUUAUUUUAAGUUACUGGAGUAUAUUUGACAAGAAAAUACUAUUUCGGUCUUUAUAUUUAAAGUACUGUUUCCUAGUUAUAAAAUUUACUGGCAAUUUCUGAGUUCAAAUGGUUUCACCACCAGAGUAAAUGAUGAAUGUUCAUAUUUAGGUGAACUGUCCUUUUAAGACUCCUAUAGGUCGUCUCUGAGACACAUCCCUUGACAAUUUAGCCACAGUACCUUUAUACGCAGACCCUCAGACAUCUUGUACGUGGCAUGGGUGUGUGGAGCUCACAGGCAGCAUGAAAAAUUAAUUUUCAGCUUUAAUGAAAAACAAAACGUCUUCAAAGGUGCCAGUGUAUAUGUUUCACGUCACUCUUUCUUAGCUGAUUUGUGCAAUAUGUUGUUAUGAUGCCUGUGGUUGCCACAAAGUGCCUCUCGUUUACAGUUGAAGAAACAGUACUUGCUUUAAAAACUGUCGUAGGACAUCAUGUCAUGCAUGCGGAUGGAUGGGGUGGUACUGUGCACUAAAUCGUCCAGCUAGACUUGCAGCAGGGGGCCCUUUGGACUUUGGCCAUGCUCCAUUAGAAAUCAUUCUUCUCCCCAGAGGGUUUUUACGUUCACGUAAUGUAAACGCGGUAUAUUUUCAGUCUCUUAAGAAAACAGCCUUACUCCGUUUCAGCCUGUUCAGAUACUAUUGUGCUGUGCAACAGUUGCUCUGUGUGUAAUGCCUAUGCACUGAGAAUACACAAACCAACCAUGUAUGAAAUAUUGUACAGGUAAUCAUGUUGCUCAUACAAAUCACAUGUUUGUUUGUAAUUGUAUGUGUAAACUGCCCUUUAUCUUAGUGUUAUAAACUCCACAUAAAUCCAAUAAAGUCUCAUUCUUGUCA